AAACGCAAUUAUAAAGUAUUAAGAAUCAAGGAAUCACUGACAUAGUGACCCAUAAUAUAUUUCAUACUUCAUAGUGUUAUAAAAUAUUAUUUUUAACUUAAUGCUCUCUUUAUAUUCUGUUUAAAAAGUGUUCAAAUUAUUUAUAAAUUAUAAUUACUUAAAAAAAUCUGCAAUUCAAUUUAAAAUCAUCAAAAUGUCUGACAAUGAUCACAGAAGAUGGAGUCAUUUGAAAAAGAUCUUGGAACGUUCCAGUCCAUUCUGUCAUCCUGAUUUUGAACCUGGCACAGGCAUAUUAGAAUUUUUACAAAAUUCCUGUAAAGUGCUUGUGGUUGGCGCUGGUGGAUUGGGCUGUGAAUUACUUAAAGAUCUUGCAAUGAUGGGAUUCGGUGACAUACAUGUUAUAGAUAUGGACACUAUAGACUUGUCUAAUUUGAACCGUCAGUUUUUGUUCCGUAAGAAAGAUGUAAACAGUUCCAAAGCGGAKGUUGCAGCAAAAUUUAUUAACGAACGUGUACCUACAUGCCGAGUUACACCUCAUCAUUGUAAAAUACAAGACAAGGACGAAGAUUUUUACAGGGAUUUUCAUUUUGUUGUAUGUGGUCUUGACUCUGUUGUUGCUCGUCGAUGGAUAAAUGGAAUGCUUAUAUCAUUGUUAUCAUACGAUGACAACCAGCAACUUGACAAUUCCACGGUAAUACCAUUAAUUGAUGGUGGUACUGAAGGUUUCAAAGGCAAUGUACGUGUUAUAUUACCUGGGAUUACACCAUGUAUUGAUUGCACCCUAGACUUAUUUCCUCCACAGGUGACUUAUCCAUUAUGCACCAUAGCAAGUACACCUCGUUUACCUGAACAUUGUAUAGAGUAUGUAAAGUUAAUACAAUGGCCAAAAGAUAACCCAUUUGAUUCCAACAUUGAUACAGAUGAUCCAGUUCACAUUAGUUGGAUUUAUGAAAAAUCCCUUGAACGCGCUGAUCAAUUUGGAAUAAAUGGAGUUAAUUAUCGAUUGGUUCAAGGUGUUAUUAAAAAUAUAAUACCAGCAGUAGCAUCAACAAACGCUGUGAUAGCUGCAGCUUGUGUUACUGAGGCUUUCAAAGUGGCCACCAGCUGUUGCCCAUUAUUAAAUAAUUAUGCUGUUUUCAAUGAUGCUGAUGGUAUAUAUACCUAUACAUAUGAAGCCGAACGUAAAUCUGAUUGUAUUACAUGUAGUCCAUAUAAAGCCAAAUAUCUCGAUAUUGAUGACACAAAUAUGCGGCUAGAAAAAAUAAUUGAAAUACUUGGUGAACACCAACAAUAUCAGAUGAAGAAUCCUGCACUCACUAUAGAAUUAGACGGAAAAAGAAAAACACUGUAUAUGCCAAAUGUGCCUUCCAUUGAAUUAAAAACUAGGCCGAAUCUAAAAAUGACUCUUGAACAAUUAGGUAUUGCUGACGGAUGUAAAUUAUUAGUUGCUGAUAUCACAAAUCCUAGAGCUUUUGAAAUUAUUCUUAAAAUCAAGAAYAACUGUGUUAGUAUGGAAUAGCAUACUUUUAUUGAAUAUUUACUUUAAUACUAUUUUCUUCCAAGUAUUUGAAUACAUUUAUACAAAUUAAACUUUUCAUUA